AUGAGUCGUCACAGGUGGGAAUUUUGCCUCACCACUUUCAGCCCCAAUGGCAAUCUCGCGCAGGUGGAGUACGCAGCGGCGGCCGCCUCUAAAGGUGAGACUAGCGUCGGGAUUCGGGCCCGCGGCGGAGUCGUGAUUGCGACAGUACGCUGGUUCGAGUCGCAGCUUGUUGACGAAAAGUCAUUGAGUAAUGUAAAGAUAGUAAGUGAAAACAUUGGCAUGACCUAUUCUGGACUGGAGCCGGACUUCCGGGUGCUGGCGGAUCGUGCACGCAAAAAUGCUGAGGUCUACUUAGCCAAACACAAGGAACGGAUGCCAACGCUCGAGCUGGUGAAGCAGAUGGGGAUUCUCUUGCAGGAGUACACGCAAUCCUGCGGAGUGCGACCCUUCGGAGUGUUCUUGCUAUUUGCCGGAUGGGAAUCGGGUCGACCAUUUCUGUACCGCAUCGAUCCUUCAGGAGCAUAUUGCUCCUUUACUGCAGCAGCUUUCGGAAAGAACGCCGCUAUCGGGAAUGAUUAUUUGAAGAGUCAGAAAUGUGACGAAAUGACGCUGGACGCUGCCAUUCCCACUGCUAUUAUGGCUCUCAAGAUGGGGUUUGAGGGAACAAUGUCUAAGCACGACAUUGAAGUUGGAGUAUGCGAUGAAAAAGGCUUCUCACUACUGAAUGCAGACACAAUCAAAUUAUACUUGAACAGUCUAUCCGAUUCAAAAUAA